AUGCCUCUACGAAGUGCAGUCAGAGGUCGUCCAGCUAGGAGGAAUGUUGAAGAUCAAGAGUUGCCUAAUGCACCUGAAGUGCAACUGCAAGGAGAGGUCUCUAAUGCUGAGUUUAGAGAGGCUAUAAGGAUGCUUAGCCAAGUUGUGACUAACCAAGCUGGGCAACAGAGAGGAACUCGACAAGAAGAGGCUCACGCUUCAAGGAUUCUUGCAUAUCAGAUGAAGAAUGUUGCUCGGACUUGGUUUGAUCAGUGGAAAUGGGGUAGAGAGGAUGCACUACCUGCGAGUUGGAAACAGAAGGAACAUGCUCUAUCAUCUGCUAGUGCACCUGCACCUACGAACAAUGGUGAGUACUAUGGUCAGCAUUCCAGAGCUAAGCCUGCAUAUUCUCAAGGUAAUGUGGCACAGCGAGGCAGUAAGCCUCCUGCCUGUGCUAAGUGUGGUAGGAACCACUCAGGUAUUUAUCGUGAAGGCUUCACUGGUUGUUUCAAGUGUGGUCAGACUGGGCAUUUCAUGCAAGAAUGUCCAAAGAACAAGCACGGAAGUGGUAAUGGGGGCAAUAGAACCCAGUAUUCUUCAGUUGCUCCACCAGACAACUUCACCUAG